AUGACGUCCCUGCAGAAUUCCCCAACACUUCACCGAGCCCUUCUUCACAACUCUUUCCCUCCGAAGCAUGCCACUUCUCGUUCUCCUCGAAGAGAUGCUAUUUCCUUCAUUGUUAAAGCUUCCCAAGAGCCCUCUGCUUCUUUAACUUCACAAGACAGACAAAGAAGGCGCCAAUUGAUUGCCAUUGGAACUACUGCCCCAUUAAUUUUUCUGAUCAACCAACAUUCAAACUCUUUUGCUGCAGAAAAUAAGAAGGGAUUUUUGCCUGUUUUGGACAAGAAAGAUGGAUAUUCAUUUCUCUACCCUUUUGGGUGGCAGGAAGUAGUAAUCGAAGGUCAAGAUAAGGUGUUCAAAGAUGUCAUUGAACCACUGGAGAGUGUCAGUGUAAAUCUGAUACCAACUGGCAAACAGGAUAUUACAGAAUUUGGGUCCCCUCAGGAGGUUGCUGAAACUCUUAUAAAAAGGGUUUUGGCCCCUUCAAACCAGAAAACCAAGAUAGUAGAAGCAAAGGAGCAAGAUGUUGAAGGAAAAAAAUACUAUCAGUUUGAGUUCAUUGCUAAGGCUCCAAACUAUACUCGUCAUGCUCUCAGCACAGUCUCCAUUGGCAAUGGUAAGUUUUACACCUUGACUACCGGAGCAAACGAGAGAAGAUGGGAAAAGAUGAAAGACAGACUGCAUACAGUGGUAGAGUCCUUCAAAAUUUUCGAUGUCUGA